CCCCUGCUCCGCCGGCUGCUGCUCGCCGCGCUCCUGCAGCUGGCCCCCGCCCAGGCCCCAGUCUCCCAGCCUGAUGCCCCUGGCCACCAGAAGAAAGUGGUGUCAUGGAUAGAUGUGUAUGCCCGUGCCACCUGUCAGCCACGGGAGGUGGUCGUGCCCCUGACUGUGGAGCUCAUGGGCACUGUGGCCAAGCAACUGGUGCCAAGCUGCGUGACUGUGCAGCGCUGCGGCGGUUGCUGCCCGGACGACGGCCUGGAGUGUGUGCCCACGGGGCAGCACCAAGUCCGGAUGCAGAUCCUCAUGAUCCGGUACCCGAGCAGCCAGCUGGGGGAGAUGUCUCUGGAAGAACACAGCCAAUGUGAAUGCAGACCAAAAAAAAAAGAGAGUGCUGUGAAGCCAGACAGUCCCAGGCCCCUCUGCCCACGCUGCCCCCAGCGCCGCCAGCGCCCUGACCCCCGGACCUGCCGCUGUCGCUGCCGACGCCGCAGCUUCCUCCGUUGCCAAGGGCGGGGCUUAGAGCUCAACCCAGACACCUGCAGGUGCCGGAAGCUGCGAAGGUGACACAUUGCUUUUCAGACUCAGCGGGGCCACUUGCCUCACAGGCCACACCCCAGAGGACGACAAGAGGGCAGCCUGGUGCCAACAGCCCAGCCCCCAAGACUUCAGCCCGGGCGGACACUGCUCCAGGACCUGGGCCUCCCAGAGGGCUUCCUGGCCGUCCCUUCUCUCUCCAAGGCUGCCACCCAAGAGGGAGGGCGGAGUUGGAGGAAGAGACUUGGAGGCAGCAAGAGGGCUCACGUACCAGCUCGGGAGAGAAUGGGGUCUCGUCUCCGUUUUCAGCCACGCUGUGCAAGUGAGCAUCUUACACCUGGCUCCUGCCUCCUUUCACUACGAAGACCCUGAUCCUCUGCAGAUAAUGGGAGUGGGGCUUUGGGACAAGAACUGUGACCCCCAACCCUGAUAAAAGAGAUGGAAGGAGCCGUC